CUUGAGGUUGAGGAGAAGCUAGAAAACGGAGACGACGAUUUCUCUUCUCCAUCUUCUCUGUGAUUUUAGGUUUCAAAGCUUCUAUCUAGUCAAGGGUCUAACCUAAGUAAGGACUAUGCAUAUUUCCCUUUAUAGUGUUACCGAGGAUGGCGAAUAGACAUUUCUUUCAGCCUCUUCUUCCUGGCUUCCACACUCACUUGACAAUUCCUGUAGCUUUCUUCUCCAAGCAUAUAGAAGGAAGAAAUGGUCAUAACAAUACGGCGAAGCUGAGAUCAGACGCCUCGGAGAUGACCUGGAAAGUGAAGAUAGAAGAUGAUGGCCGGAGACUCACUGAAGGUUGGAAAGAGUUCGCUCACGCACACGAUCUUCGAGUCGGCGACAUUGUCAUUUUCAGACAAGAGAAAGACAUGGCUUUCCACGUUACACUGUUCGGACCCAGUUGCUGUGAGAUACAAUACGGAUCGUGCAUAGACCAAGAUAACAACCUCGAGAAGAUUCCAAAGAAGAAGAACCCAAACAGAGAAGAAGCAGAGUCAUCAGAAGCUAAUGAAAUAGAGUCUCUUUCCACAGAACCGGAAAGCAACGAAGAGAGCAACCAUAUAAGCUCACAGGAACGUAUAGAAAGAAAAGAUAAAAAGGGUGGAACGAUACGGAAAGCUUCAUCUUCAACAACCCAAAGCAGAUUUGUGACCUUGACUAUCAAACCUUCGGACUUCAAAAACUCUAGGCUGGUCAGUUUUAUCAAAUCUAAGACAUUUGUCUUCUUACAGUCUCUCUCUCGAUACUGAAUCUUUUGUUUGA